CCCCGGCGGCUUUCCUGCGGAGGGGGCGCACUGGUUGCUGUCACCUCGGAGCAGCGGCGGCUCGGCCUCUGUUCUCGCACAGGAGGGAAAAUCCUAAAUUUCUUUCCGUUUUUUUGCGGCUGCGGAAUCCACUAGCCAACAUGUCGAGCAAAAAGGCAAAGACGAAGACCACAAAGAAGCGUCCUCAACGAGCAACUUCUAAUGUAUUUGCUAUGUUUGACCAGUCACAGAUUCAAGAAUUCAAGGAAGCUUUUAACAUGAUUGAUCAAAACAGAGAUGGUUUCAUUGACAAAGAAGAUUUGCAUGAUAUGCUUGCUUCCUUAGGGAAGAAUCCAACUGAUGCAUACUUAGAUGCUAUGAUGAAUGAGGCUCCAGGUCCAAUAAACUUCACUAUGUUUCUUACUAUGUUUGGUGAGAAAUUAAAUGGAACAGAUCCAGAAGAUGUGAUUCGAAAUGCUUUUGCUUGCUUUGAUGAAGAAGCAACAGGCACCAUUCAGGAAGAUUACCUGAGAGAGCUACUGACAACAAUGGGGGACCGAUUUACAGAUGAAGAAGUAGAUGAGCUGUAUAGAGAAGCUCCUAUUGACAAAAAGGGAAAUUUCAAUUAUAUUGAGUUCACACGCAUUCUAAAACAUGGAGCAAAAGACAAAGAUGACUGAAAGGAAUCUCACAUCUCUCAGUUAUUCCUAUUUUACUUAUGUUUCAUUCCUAAGACUCCUUUUUUUUCUGAUAGAACCUGCUACAUACACUUAGCUUUAUAGCCUUAGCUUUUCCUUAUGUAUUUAUUCUAGACCCUUCUACCAUAAUGUGUUUGUGUAAUCAGACUGGAAAUGGGGAUGAUGUUGUAAAUUGUUU